AUGCCACACCUACACUAUUAUGCGUUUAGAUGGCACGUUCCACCAAGGUCUCCAGUGGUAGUUACAGACCCGGGAUUUCGACCUACAGACGCGGGAAAAACCCCCGAACAACUGGAGAGCAGCAAAUCCGAACCACCUCAUCGUUCAAAAAAACCUGCCAUCCAGAAUUCUCACUCCCUCCAUCAAUUCUCAAGCAUACCCAGUCUUCGUCCCACCCUCAAUGUCACCUGUUCAUCAAUGCGUCCCACGCAUAAACCCAUGCUUGUAUGCAAACCGGGCAAGUGUGGUCCACACCUGAAAAUUAUAAAUUACCCUGGGUUCGCACCUCUAAAUUUUCUUCUCUACAGUUUGUCACAGAACUUAAAACAACCAAUUAACAUGUCUGCUUCCAAGAUCUUCGCCCGUUACGUCUACGACUCCAGAGGAAACCCAACCGUCGAGGUUGACCUCCACACUCCAAAGGGUCUUUUCAGAGCCAUUGUUCCUUCUGGUGCCUCCACCGGUAUCCACGAGGCUUUGGAGUUGAGAGAUGGUGACAAGUCCAAGUGGAUGGGUAAGGGUGUCUUGAAGGCCGUUGCCAACGUCAACGACAUCAUUGCCCCAGCUUUCGUCGAGGCCAAGUUGGACUUGACCAACCAAGCCAAGGUCGACGAGUUCUUGAACUCUUUGGACGGUACCCCAAACAAGUCCAAGUUGGGUGCUAACGCCAUCUUGGGUGUCUCUUUGGCUGCUGCCAAGGCUGGUGCCGCCGAGAAGAACGUCCCAUUGUACCAACACUUGGCUGACAUCUCCGGUGCUAAGCAAGACAAGUUCGUCCUCCCAGUUCCUUUCCAAAACGUCUUGAACGGUGGUUCCCACGCUGGUGGUGCUUUGGCCUUCCAAGAGUUCAUGAUUGUCCCAACUGGUGCCCCAACCUUCUCUGAGGCUUUGAGAAUCGGUUCCGAGGUCUACCACAACUUGAAGUCCUUGACCAAGAAGAGAUACGGUCAAUCCGCCGGUAACGUCGGUGACGAGGGUGGUGUUGCUCCAGACAUUGGUUCCCCAAGAGAGGCUUUGGACUUGAUUGUCGACUCCAUUGAGAAGGCCGGUUACACUGGUCAAGUCGGUAUUGCCUUGGACGUUGCUUCCUCCGAGUUCUUCAAGGACGGUAAGUACGACUUGGACUUCAAGAACCCUAACUCCGACGCCUCCAAGUGGUUGUCCGGUGAGCAAUUGUCCUCUUUGUACGAGGAGCUCAUCAACGAGUACCCAAUUGUCUCCAUCGAGGACCCAUUCGCCGAGGAUGACUGGGAUGCUUGGGUGCACUUCUACUCCAAGGUCUCUGACAAGAUCCAAAUUGUUGGUGAUGACUUGACUGUUACCAACCCAAUCAGAAUUAAGACUGCCAUUGAGAAGAAGGCCGCCAACGCUUUGUUGUUGAAGGUCAACCAAAUCGGUUCUCUUACCGAGUCCAUCAACGCUGCCAACGACUCUUACUCCGCUGGCUGGGGUGUCAUGGUUUCCCACAGAUCCGGUGAGACUGAGGACACCACCAUUGCUGACUUGUCUGUUGGUUUGAGAGCUGGUCAAAUCAAGACUGGUGCUCCAGCCAGAUCCGAGAGAUUGGCCAAGCUUAACCAAAUCUUGAGAAUCGAGGAGGAGUUGGGUGACAAGGCCAUCUACGCCGGUAAGGACUUCAGAAUCUCUUCUACUUUGUAA